GGUUCGAGUUUUGUUUGUUUUCCUGUUCAAUGUUGAAAUUUUAAUUAAAUAAUUACUUUGCUAUUUUGUUUGUGAUUUAUUGAAAGCAAUGAGUUUUAGUGAUAGUGUUUUUAAUAAUUUACGUCAAAAAUUAAAUGUUUUGGGUUACCAUCAGACCUUACCAUUGUCUGCUAUACCACUUGUAGGAUGUCUAUUUGAUGAUUUAGUUAAAACUACAGAAAGUUUAAGAGAUGCAAAGCAAAAAAUUGUUGAAUUAUUGGAGGAAAAAUCUUGUUGGGAGUUAGGCGUGGAGCCUUAUAAAUGUGAUAAUGCGCGACUACUACAGCAAAACAAUCAAUUACAACUGCAAACUGUGCAUUUGCAGGAAGAUUAUGAAGACAAGAUACGAGAACUUAACUCUAAGCUAAGAGAUUUGCAAACGGAUAAAUUUCACUUGCAACAACAAACUGAGCUAUUGCAACACCAACUGAAGACAGUACACAUUAAGCAAACUGCCAAUAGUGCUAAUAUGAAAUAUGGCAAAGAUUCAAAGCCCAAAAAACCUUUUAUAACAGCCGUUCGUUCAGGUGAUCAAUUGCCUACAUUGCAACCUUUACAAGAACAUAAUUCCCAUUUAAAAUGUACCAAAUGCAAUACAAUGGGCUAUUGCGGUAGUGUGAAACACGAUGGCGCCACACAAACCAAGUCACAGCAAAAAGAAAUAGAAAAGUUAGAAAAUGCCAACAAGGAUUUAUUAGAAAAUCUCAAAUUUUAUCAGAAGAAGAUUGAGGCACGAGAUCGUGAAAUAUCCCGUUUAAACGAUCUACUUGGUGGUGGACGUCCUCCCGCCGCUGUGGCUCGAGAUUGCUGCUACAAAAACAUAGGCGCCAUGAAUGACGACAUAGAUUUAUUGCAGCGUGAAAAAAUGGAUUGUCUAACGCGUAUGCGCGAAUUUCAAGAACAAAUGCAUGAAGCCAUGCAAAGAGCUUUGGAUUUGGAAAAAUCCAAUAGAUCCUUGCAAAAACAAUUGGAUGAACUGAAAGAGGCUGCUUUGCUUGUAGAGACCGAAGCAAAUCAGGAGAUAUCGCAACGUGAAGCCGAAGUGGAAAUGUUAAAAUCGCAAUUGAAACAAAUGCAAGGCAAAUGUAAGCUGGUAGUGGAGAAUAGACAAUUGGAUGGACGCAAGGAUAAAGCAAAGGCUACCGAUUACAAGGCUGGUGAUUAUAAAGCAACUGUAUCCGGAAUAGAUAAACAUCGAUUCAAUGAGAAAAUCAAUGAGCUGACACAAAAAGAAUCCGAACUUAAAAUAGAAAAUGAACAUCUACAAAAGAAAGUCUCAAAACUGAAGAGUAAGCUGUUGUCGGUACAAAAGGAGCUGAAAGAAAUUGAUUCAAAUCAUGCCCAGUCCCUGGAUGAGGAGAAAAUACGUUUGAAGUCGGAAAGAGACUUUUUCCAAAAGGAAUAUCUACGCUUACUCAGCAAAGCCGGUUCGGAUAAAGAAAUUGAAUUUCUACAUUCACAAAUUAAAUCCAAAGAUGAUGAAUUACGAGUCCUGAGAACGGAAUUAUGUGCAAGGCCUAGUCAUGCUUUGGUGCCUUGCUACAAUGAAGCCCAAAAUCGCCAACUCAAUUUACCCGCUUCUCAACCUUCCUCUGCUCGUUCGGCUUCUUCCAGUUCUGGCAGUGAUUGUGUUCAAGCUGCGAUAAUAAGGGUCGAAAGGGAACGUGAUUGUGCCAGAGCCGAAGUGGAGAGAGUUAAAUGUGAGAGAGAUACUCUAAGGGAGAAACUUUUGUGUACCACCAAAAUGCAUGACGAGCAAAUGCAUAAGACCCAGGAACGCUUUGAAGAACUCAAUGAACGUCUCAAACAAAUGGAAAGGGAGAAGAGAGAAUUACAAUCGGCCCGCAUGCCCACAGAGACACAAAUUGUUAUGCUCAAAGAAGAAAUUGAGAGUUACAAACAACAGCAUUUUCAACUCAGAGAGGAAAAUAAUAAAUUGCAAUUGAGUUACAAUCAAUUGAAGUUAUUGCAUGAGCAAACUGAACGCUCCUUAUCGGAUUAUCAGAAUAAACUUUCAUUUGCAGAACAACAAUUGGAAUCUACCAAUAGGCGUGUAAAUACCUUGGACUCCAAUCGUGACUCUUCGCGUGAAGAAACUUUUCAAUUGCGUAGUGAGGUUAAGGUUUUGAAACAAACCUAUGUGGCUUUGGAAAACGAAAAAGAUAAACUUUUGACUCAACUUGAUGCAAAAACUGAAAAGGUAUAUCAGUUGGAAUAUGAACUUAAAGGUUCCAAGGAAAAACGAAACUUUUUGGAAAAACAAGUAAAAGAAUUAGAAGAAAAACUUAGCAAACUUUCAAACCAAACACGUGAACGUGACUCCGAAUUGCAGGAAACAUCCACCGAAGGCAAAAGUCUACGUCAACAGUUGACAGCCUUAAAAGCCAGCCGAGAUCAAGCCAUACAGGAAAAUGUAAAACUUACCAAUGAGUUGGCCGAGAGCCAAGCGGAAGUUAGCUCGCUUAAGAAACAAUUGCAAGAGUCCGAAAAGGAAAUUGAACGUUUGAAACAACAAUUGCGUAAAUAUGUGGAGGAAGUUAAGAAAGCUGAAGAUUUGCUAAUGCACAAGGAGAAAGAGCGCGAAGAAAUGCUGGAGCAUUACAGAAGUCUUUCACAUGAUGCUGUCAUGUUGGAGGGUAAUAAUCAAAGCUUAGAAAAUGAAACGGCCGAGUACAAACGACAAGUUGUUGAAUUAGAAGCGGAAAUCGUGGCGCUUAAAAAAGAACUUAACUGCCGCAAUCAAACCAUAGGCGAUUUAGAAGAUAAGAUUGCCAAUCUCACUGCCAAAAACACUUGCCUGGAACAUCAACUGGAGGAGUGUGGGGAUGAGCAGCGUAUCUUGAAAACAGAUUUGGCAGCACGUAAAGAAUUAUGCGAGAAAUUGGAUAAUGAAAAGGAGAAAUUAAAUGCGGAGCUAAGUGAACUGAAUGCCAUAAAACGAAAGCUGGAAAAUGAAAAUGAACGCCUGCGCCAGGGCAUGGAUAAAAGCGAAAAGGGUAAGCAAGUUUCAUCGGAGACCUUAGAAGAACUAUUGGCAAAGACUCGCAAAGAUUUGGAGGAACAAAUCCAAGUUGAUAGUAAAUUAAGUCAAGAGUUGAUACAUCUGAGGAAGCAAAACGAACAACUUUUGCGCGAUUUGGAUAAUGAACGCCAGAGACGCGAACAAACUGCCACCUUGGCCCAUGAAUAUCAGGUGCAAAAUCGAGAGCUGCGUCACAAUCUUACAGAUGAUCGUUUUCGUCAGGCUCGUUCAAGGGAGCAAAGUCCUCGAUUUCCCCCCAAAACUUUAUGAGACCGUAAAUUAGCUAUGUUUUUUUUUUUCAAAUUAAUUUUCCAAGUUUACAAAAUACAUUAAGGAAUUAUAAAAUACAACAUUUGAAAAAAAUAUAUAUAGAAGCAUAACAAAAUAAAAAAAAAUCGUAUAUUCAU